GAAAAGAAAAAUUAAUUUAGCAAAAAAUACAUGCAUGCAUCUAUUUACCUAGCCAUCAAGUUGAAAUACUUUACCAAGGGUGUUUUACAGGAAGAGGAUUUUUGCAAAAUGGGAUGCAAAGCUAAUCAACCAUGUAUAUAACUUUUCAGCACAUGUUUUAUUGUUCUUCUUGUUGUUUCCAGUGAGCUUCAUUUCAGCAUAAUUUAACAAAAAAAUGCAUUAAACAACACCAGGAUUAAAUGACAAUAAUUGCAACUUUUGCAGCCUUGUGACAAGUUUCAGCCUGAUGGUGAGUUUGCACCUUUCUGUCAUCACUACCAUACUGUUAAAAAUCAGAGUGAAGCUCUGAGGUUUGACAUUUGCUCUAUAUGUUAUAAUUAGUGCUGUCAUUUUAACGCGUUAAUUCGAUUAAUUAAUUACGCCGCAUUUUAAUGCGUUAAAAAAAUUAACGCAAUUAAUUAUGACGUAUUAACGGUGGCGAGCCAAUGCUUGCGCAUUUGAAUUUUGGCCCAUUGAAGGACCCGUAGGCCGUGCUACAUCACCUGCGCUGGCAAAUUAACAAGGCAGCAGUGGUCAAAAACAACAGACAUGGACAAGACUCAGGAGGAUGAGACAGUCGGGCCACUGAACGGCAAGUUCUUAUACAAAAAUAACAGAGACGGGACAAUAAAUAAAAACAUAGUAAUAUGUAGUUUUUGCAAAAAGGAGUUCUCCUACCACCGGAGCAACUCCAGCCUGACUUACCAUCUGAACGCAAAACAUGUUCAGGCAAAUUCCUCUGUUGCGAGUGUGGCUACCGGGAGCUCGCUCCGCCAAACCAAGCUACCUGAAUUUGGCAAGCGAAUGAGUAAAUCCACAACAGAGAAAUUGACAAAUACUAUAGCAAAGUGGGUUGCUGCUGAUUGCAGGCCAAUUUCUAUCGUUGAAGAUAAGGGUCUACAGGAGGCGUUCCAGGUAGCGGCGUCAGACCCAACUUUUCAGCUACCUUCGAGAGCUACGGUGAUGAAAAAAGUUAGUCACAUCUACGAUGAUGAAAGAAGAGAUAAAGAAGAGUUGUUGGCAGUGUCCUGCCAUGUCGCCCUAACUGGCGAUCACUGGACUUCAGUGAGCAAUCACAAUUACUUAGGAGUCACAGCACACCUAAUAGAUAGUGAGUGGAAACUGAAGUCUUUUGCUUUAACUGUGCGCAAAACGGUGACCCGCCAUUAUGCCGAUGCGUGCGCUGAGCAGUUCGAUGCUGUGACCAAGGAAUGGCAAAUCGAAAAAAAAGUGACAACCAUCGGGACCGAUAGUGCUAGAAAUAUGGUCGCAGCAGCACGCCAGCUGCCCUUCGAGCACGUCCCGUGUGCUGCACAUAUACUCCAAAGAACGAUCACAGUCUCUCUUGAGGAGAGCAGCUUUGACACCGCCCUGGCAAAGUGUCGAAAAAUAGUCGGGCACUUCAAACACAGCCCCGCCAGUACGGAAGAACUGCACCAGCAGCAGACUGCCCUCGGACAAGCCAGAGAGCCCCUGGCUCAAGACGUUUCCACAAGAUGGAAUUCAACGCUCUCAAUGAUCUCACGGUACUUGCGGAACCAGGAGGCUGUGAAUGCCACUUUGGCCCAACAGAGGCAUAACCUGGCCACACUGACCAACCUAGAGUGUGAAAAACUCCAGAAGCUGGAGGUUGUUCUCGAACCCUGCAAAUACGUGACUGAGCUUCUUGGAGGUGACAGCUAUGUGUCAUGCUCUGUGGUGCUCCCCGCAAUCUGCCAUCUCAACCGUGUCAUGGAGCCCACUGAUGAGGAUCCGGGCUACAUGAUAAAGUUCAAAACCGCCUUUUUGAAGGACCUGGAUGCACGCAAAGCCAAUAUCAAUAUCAGAUGGCUGAAGGUGGCUACAGCCCUUGACCAACGAUUCAAGGACUUGAAGAGCCUACACAAGAAUGAAAGGGAUGAGGUGUGGACCUGGAUUGAGGAGAUGCUGCGACAGUCAGAAGCAGGACUUGCUCCUCCUCAACCCACAGAGGACGAGCCAGCAGCAAAGAAGAGCUUCCUCCUGCUGUGUUCUUCAGACUCCGACUCUGACAAGGAGGAGCUGGGGCCUCUAGCCCGCUACAAAGCUGAGCCGUGCAUUAGAAUGCAUGAGUGUCCACUGGAGUGGUGGGCAGCUCACGCAGGAGCCUAUGGACAACUGUCCUCUCUUGCUCGCAAGUACCUGGCUACUCCUGCAACGUCAGUGCCAUGCGAGAGACUCUUUUCACUCGCAGGUAACAUCAUACAAAAGAAGAGGGCAGCCUUACAUUCAGACAAUGUAAACAAGCUUGUCUGUCUGAGCAACUGGCUGAAGAAGACAUAAUGUUGUCUGUUGUUAGAUCCUGUGGGUGUUUGAUUUCAGAGAUUUUAUUUAUUUAACUUUAUUGUUGUUUGUUUUACAUUUCUGAAGACAGCUUUAUUUUAUUUAACUAUAUUGCUGUAUUUGUUUUACUUUUUUAAAUAAUGCACCUGGCCUCAUGAGGCACAGUUCACCAAUAAUAAAUUGGAUUUAAAAUCU